AUGGCUUGGGACCCCGAGAAAGAGAGUGCCGGUUUCGAUGUUGUGGGCAUCAACACGGCAAUCAAUGACCAAACUUCACGUCGAAGCGAGCAGAACCCCAACGACAAUGAAGACCUGCACCAAAAGCUCAACACACGUCACUUGACAUUCAUCAGUCUGGGUUCAGUCAUAGGGUCUGGCAUCUUCCUAGGCAUUGGCUCUGCCCUCACCACCGCCGGGCCCGUGGGCCUUGCUUUGGCUUUUGCCUUCACUUGCUCCGUCGUGUAUUGCGUCAUGCUAUGUACUGGAGAGAUGGUCACCUAUCUCCCGGUGGUUGCAGCCCAUAUGAGACUGUCGGGGGGCUUCGUCGACACGUCUCUGGCUGCGGCCAUGUCCUGGAAUUACUGGUACUGCUGGUCUCUCAUAUCGGCUGCCGAGCCCUUCCGCCGUCGCGGUGCUCAUCACUUACUGGACUGA